AAUAAAAAAAAAUCAAUGGAAAAUCUAAAUUCAGUGUACACUAACAUUGGUUAUUUUUUUUCUGAUCAUAUGAUUUUACAGUGAUACAUCAUCAAACAACCAUGGCAGACAUACUUCCAUGGCUGUCACGUUAUGAAUAAUGACUAUAAUGACCAUUAAAUGAAACGUAGAAGUCCACAGGUUUCUAAAUAAAUGAAUACACGCAGCCAGCUUCCUAACCAUGUCUCAUAAUAACAGUAAAGCAGAUUAGAGUUCACAUGGCUUUAAUUUUAAAGAUAGUGAAUGACAAAGACAAAUAUCAUCAUUCUGUUUAAUUUAGUUUCAUGUAUACACAGAGAAAGAACUCUAAAUAAACACAGAACAAAAUAACUACUUUGGUGUAUGUAUGUACAAAUGUAUGUAUAUACGAAUGCUAAGAUUCAUGUUGUCUUCUUCUAUAUGUUUGUAAACGCAGCACCACGUGGAUUGCAGGUUAAGGGUUAUUCAUUUUAUAUUCAAGGGUCUUAAAGAGAAACAUCAUGUACGGUUUUUUCUUCAUACAUUAAUAAUAUAAUAUUUUCUUCACUUUUCUUCUUCAACGACUAUUGUGAACACCAAACCAAUGGCAUCCGACCCUGAGCAAUCCUCUUUCGCAAAGGAAGGAAGUUCGUUUGGUGAGGUUGGGAGUGCAAGGGAGCCUUUGCUUGUAGGGGUUCAUGACUCCGAGAGCUACUCUGUCUCUGCUGCAAUUCUUCCGUUUCUCUUCCCAGCAUUUGGUGGCCUACUAUAUGGCUAUGAUAUUGGUGCCACAUCUUGUGCAACCAUUUCCAUCGAGUCAUCGACGCUAAGUGGAAUAUCUUGGUACAACUUGUCCUCCGUUGAAAUUGGUCUUCUUACUAGUGGAUCGUUAUAUGGCGCCUUAAUAGGCUCAGUGUUGGCCUUCAAUGUUGCUGACUUCUUAGGAAGAAGAAGGGAGCUCAUUUUAGCUGCAUUACUAUAUUUUGUUGGAGCUCUUGUAACAACAUUUGCUCCUGAUUUUCCUGUGUUGGUGCUUGGGCGACUUAUAUAUGGCAUUGGAAUUGGGCUGGCAAUGCAUGCUGCUCCAAUGUACAUUGCAGAGACAGCUCCAACACCAAUACGUGGACAACUAAUAUCUCUAAAAGAGUUUUUUAUAGUACUUGGGAUGCUGGCAGGAUAUGUAAUUGGUAGCUUGUUUGUAGUUACUGUAGCUGGAUGGCGGUAUAUGUAUGGAGUUAGUAGUCCUAUAGCCAUCAUCAUGGGACUUGGAAUGUGGUGGCUACCAGCUUCUCCUAGAUGGUUACUUUUGCGUGCUAUACAGGGAAAAGGAGAUGUUCAGAAUUCGAAAGAAAUAGCAAUUCGUAGUUUGUGCCAGCUUCGAGGUCAGGCUAGUGGUGAUUCAGCUCAUGGCCAAGUUGAUGAGAUUCUUGCAGAACUUUCUUAUAUAGGAAGAGAAAAGGAAGCUACCUUCGGAGAAUUAUUCCAAGGAAAAUGCUUGAAAGCCCUUUGGAUUGGUGCAGGACUGGUCUUGUUUCAGCAGAUCACAGGGCAGCCAAGUGUGCUCUACUAUGCUGCAUCAAUCUUUCAGAGUGCAGGGUUUUCCGGAGCAUCUGAUGCAACCCGAGUCUCUAUUCUCCUUGGGGCUUUUAAGUUGAUUAUGACCGGAGUGGCAGUUCUCAUUGUUGAUAAACUUGGAAGGAGGCCUUUACUUCUGGGAGGAGUUUCAGGAAUAGUGAUCUCUUUAUUCCUUAUGGGUUCAUACUACGUUUUCUUGGAUAACUCACCAGUUAUUGCUGUAGUUGGUCUGCUGUUGUACGUAGGCUGUUACCAGAUUUCCUUUGGUCCAAUUGGUUGGCUCAUGAUAGCAGAGAUUUUCCCCUUACGCCUAAGAGGUCGAGGACUUGGUAUAGCAGUACUCGUCAAUUUUGGUGCAAAUGCCCUAGUCACAUUUGCUUUUUCACCACUUGAGGAAUUACUGGGAGCAGGAAUCUUGUUCUACAUCUUUUGUGUAAUAGCCGUGGCAUCCCUUGCAUUCAUAUACUUUGUUGUACCAGAAACAAAGGGGCUUACUCUGGAGGAGAUAGAAGCCAAAUGCCUCUAAGCAGUCACAUUAUUAUCUCUAUAUAUCUGUAUUUAGUACUCUGCAACUUUUCUUUAAUUCAUCUGUAGUUACACAUUAUAUGAAUAAACAAUAAUAACUAGUGAUGAAUUUAUGUUUAUUUUUUUUAUCUUUUUUUCUUACUAUAUUGUGUAUUUACCACGGUAUGAAUCACAUUCCAUAUCAAAGAACUUAUGCAGUGAUCACUCCAA